AUGGUCGGGUCGGGGUCGAAGCAUGCCGCGGGCGGGAGCGGCCUCGGCGGCGGAGGGGAGAGGCGCAAGUACCCGAUCCGCGCCGAGGACUACGAGCUGUACGAGGAGAUCGGGCAGGGCGUCAGCGCCAUCGUCUACCGCGCGCUCUGCAGGCCGCUCGGCGAGACCGUCGCCGUCAAGGUGCUCGACUUCGAGCGCACCAACAGCAACCUGAACAAUAUCAUGCGUGAAGCCCAGACAAUGAUUCUUAUAGACCAUCCUAAUGUUGUUAAGGCGAUCUGUUCGUUUGCAAAUAACCAAACGUUAUGGGUAGUUAUGCCGUACAUGGCUGGAGGAUCUUGUCUUCACAUAAUGAAAUCAGUCUAUCCGGAUGGUUUCGAGGAAGCUGUCAUUGCAACACUGCUCCGUGAAGUUCUAAGAGGAUUGGAAUAUCUUCAUCAUCAUGGGCAUAUACAUCGUGAUGUCAAGGCGGGAAAUAUCCUAGUUGAUUCUCGUGGUGGAGUUAAGCUUGGAGAUUUUGGGGUUUCUGCUUGCCUUUUUGAAUCUGGUGACAGACAGCGGGCUAGAAACACUUUCGUGGGAACUCCUUGCUGGAUGGCACCAGAGGUAAUGGAGCAACUACAUGGAUAUGAUUUCAAGGCAGACAUAUGGUCCUUUGGAAUUACCGCACUUGAACUUGCCCAUGGUCACGCUCCUUUCUCAAAGUGCCCUCCCAUGAAGGUCUUGCUUAUGACACUUCAAAAUGCUCCCCCCGGUCUUGAUUAUGAAAGAGAUAAGAAAUUCUCAAGGCACUUCAAGCAAAUGGUAGCUAUGUGUUUGGUAAAAGAGCCUUCAAAAAGGCCGACUGCAACAAAAUUGCUCAAGCAAUCCUUUUUCAAGCAAGCUCGUUCCCAUGAUUACAUUGUUCGAAAGCUUUUGGAGGGAUUGCCUGGCCUUGGCGCUAGAUAUCAAGCUUUGAAGGAAAAGGAUGAACAUUUACUUGCUCAAAAGAAAAUGCCUGAUGGUAGAAAGGAAGAAAUCUCGCAGGAUGAAUACAAAAGGGGUAUCAGCAGCUGGAACUUUGACAUUGAUGACCUGAAGUCUCAAGCCUCACUGAUUUCAGAGUGUGAGGACACGAUAUCAUCUAAAGAUACAGAUAUAUCGUCUAUCUAUGACUUCGACACCAGCUUGCAGGAGCAAGCACUCGAAGGGUCUCUUUUUUCAAUGAAGUAUGAUACUGACAUCGAAAAUGAUGUCAUGGCCAAUGAUAAGUCAGCUGUUUCAUCACCCGAGCAGUCUGUUUGUCUAUCAAGGGCAUCUCUAUGUGGAACUUCUAACGGAGUACUGGUAAAUGGCCAUGUCAGGAAACACAGCUCUAUGGAAAGCUGUGAUUUGGACUUGCAAGAGAAAGAUUUGGAUGCCAUUCCAACAAGCUCAUUUCAGGAAAGGAAGUGUUCUUUCAGUUCUUGCUCAUCAGAUGGUUUUCUUUCUUCCAAAGAGAGUUCUUUCAGCUCUAAGCCACAAAUCAACAUUCAUAACCGUGACAAGGGUAGCGGAGGGGUCUUGCAAGUAGCAGAUGAGCCAUCUCCUGAAGCUAUUUCUAGGGCACCUAAAUCAUUGGUAUCAAAUGUUGAUGAACAUGAUGAUAGAUCAAAACCUCCACUUAUACAGCAAAGAGGUCGUUUUAAAGUUACACCUGGGAAUGUCGAGUUGGAUAAGGCUCACUCACCUGGCCUACAAAAGUCUCACAGCAUGCAGACAAUUUCUCAACUUUCUGCAUUAAGCAUACCAUCUUCAGCUGAGGCUGCUUCAAGCAUUAUUGGUGGCUCCUUGUACAUCCAGUUAUACAAUGUUUUGCAGACCAAUCUGCUUCAGAGGGAACAGAUACUUCAUGCGAUGAAGCAGUUAUACAUUUCUGAUUCUAUUUCACCUGUUCGGAUGCAUUCGUUAAGUCGUUCCCCAUCUCCAUCAUCAGCUUUAUCGGUAGAUAGAUCCAUGUUGGAAGCAGCACAAGAGAAGGAGAAGGAACUGGUCAAUGAAGUCCUGGAGCUACAAUGGCGGUUAUUGUGUGCACAGGAUGAGGUGCAGAGGCUCAAAGCAAAAGCAGCCCAGAUCUGA